AAACGGAGAAUCGUUGUCUCCCAGACGUUCACUCCAUAAUCCAUUUCUGUCAUCUACCGUUUUCCCCGCCACCUGUUAAGCUUCAAAACCUCUCUCUCUCUCUCUCUCUCUCUCUCUCUCUCUUACACACACACACCCACACCCACAUCCCAGAUAAAGAUACAAAUCUCUCUCUCUCUCUCUCUCUCUCUCUACAAGUACCAAUUCAGAAAAACAAUCUCAAUGGACACGAACGUGUACUCAAUCUUCAACACCUGCCCUUGCGAACCUCAUCUACACCCUAUGCAAUUAGGGCGUCGCGCAGCAUUUCCCUGUUCAAGAGCAGCGAACGGAGUCAAUGCUGUAAAUCUGGCUCAAUUUCGCAAUCCCACUUCGUUUAGGGCUGUGAAAAAGCUGCGGUGCCGCAGUCGGGGGCGAGCCUUCGCUAUAGCCGAAUCAGUUAGUUCAUCGACGGCUGAGAAGCCCGAGACGGAGACCGCUGCCGUGGAGUCUGCGAGUCCAGUUUAUGUGCCUACUCCGCCCAAUCGCGAUCUUCGGACUCCUCAUAGCGGGUAUCAUUUUGAUGGAACUACACGUAGAUUUUUCGAGGGUUGGUACUUCAAGGUCUCAAUACCUGAAAGGAGGCAGAGUUUCUGCUUUAUGUAUUCUGUUGAGAAUCCCGCAUUCCGUAAAAAAUUGUCAAGAUUGGAAGAGGCACAGUAUGGACCUCGAUUUACAGGUGUUGGUGCUCAAAUCCUAGGUGCCGAUGACAAAUAUAUUUGUCAGUACAAUGACGAAUCUAAGAACUUCUGGGGAAGUAGGCAUGAGCUGGCGCUGGGAAGUACUUUUGUCGCUCAAAAGGACUUGCAACCUCCAAAUAAGGAGGUUCCACCUGAGGAAUUUAAUCGUCGAGUGUUGGAAGGUUUCCAAGUUACCCCACUGUGGAAUCAAGGUUUCAUUUGUGAUGAUGGAAGGACAGAUUAUGUGGAUAUUGUAAAGACUGCACGCUGGGAAUACAGUACCCGCCCUAUUUAUGGGUGGGGCAAUGUUGGGUCUAAACAGAAAUCCACAGCUGGCUGGCUUGCUGCUUUUCCUGUAUUUGAGCCUCAUUGGCAAAUAUGCAUGGCGGGUGGACUUUCUACAGGUUGGAUAGAGUGGGAUGGUGAAAGGAUCGAGUUCCGAAAUGCCCCUUCAUAUUCAGAAAAAAAUUGGGGUGGAGCCUUUCCAAGGAAGUGGUUUUGGGUUCAAUGUAAUGUCUUUGAAGGUGCAAGUGGAGAAGUUGCAUUGACGGCAGCUGGUGGAUUGCGGCAACUGCCUGGAAUAACUGAGACUUAUGAAAAUGCUGCACUGAUUGGAAUUCACUAUGAAGGAACUUUCUAUGAAUUUGUUCCCUGGAAUGGAGUUGUUAAUUUUGAAGUUGUUCCGUGGGGUCACUGGUGCAUGUCUGCAGAGAAUGAAACUCAUAAGGUAGAACUGGAGGCAACAACAGAGGAUCCAGGUACAACCUUGCGAGCUCCUACCUCAGAAGGAGGCCUUGCUCCAGCUUGUAAAGAUACUUGUUUUGGUGACCUUAGGUUGCAAUUGUGGGAACGGAGGUACGAUGGCAGUAAAGGAAAGCUUAUUUUGGACGUUACGAGCAACAUGGCUGCAGUAGAAGUUGGAGGAGGACCAUGGUUUACCAACUGGAAAGGCAAGACAUCAACACCAGAAUUAGUUAACCGCGCUCUAAAUUUACCGAUUGAUAUGGAGGGGAUAUAUGGUUUGGUUCCGCUAUUCAAACCCCCUGGUCUAUAACGGUGACAUAUAAUGGCCUUAACGCAUAUAAUGCCUUCUAAUCAAUUUAUUUUCUUUGUGAAUUGCUGCACUUGAAAAUUGAGCAACUUAAAAUAAUGGAGUUCUACCUCAGUCAAAAGGUAUGUGAUACAAUAAAAUUAGACCAGUGACAAUCUCAUCUGAUGACGAGCUGUAUUUUUUGUAUACGUGUGUAUCUAGAGCUCAGUUGGACUUGCAUACAGAAUGUAGAGGUGUUCAUGUAUGUAUACGUUUUACGUUUCUA